GCUUCGGUGAGCACCGAUCCGAUCGAUCGGCGCCGUGGUCUUCGGAGUCGUUGGAAGGGGGUCUUUCACAUUCGGCCCCCUUCGCUUACAUAUGAACGUGCGCACGCGAGGUGAACAUCCACUCACUCGCCCACUUCAGUCUAUAAUUUUGAUCUCAGUCGACAUCCUGCCAAUCAAACCCGCUAGAGCGGCAUUUCGGUCGUGGAUGUCACACCAAUCCGCUUCGCUAACGUUCGAGGCGGAUGGACGAAUGUAGAAGGGUACAGACAGAGAGCGAAUGGGCGGACCGCUGAUAGGCUCGUCCUCUCUCUCACCAGUUCGCAGGCUGACUGGUUGGUGGUUCGCUAGCUCGCUCGCUUUCCGGCUGUGACGAGCACGCGCGUGCGCGAACACGACGCAGUGAAUGUGAGAGAGACAGGGAAGGGUCGGAACCAACUCCGUCACCACACUACCACCACCACCACCACCACCGCAACCAUCACUAUCGGGACAACGACACGUGAAGACCGUUCAUUCACCACGGUGGCAAGACGCAAACGGUGUCACGAAUCAUAAAAGCCACUGCUGGCAUAGUGACCGAGACCGGAUACACUGCUGCGAACACGGAGUCCACUGUAAAAAUGCUUGAAUCUCAGUCACUGCAUCAAGCUUUUCCUGGUGCCACCCUUACAAGGCCAAAAAAAUCGAAAAGUUCUGUUCCGUCCGAGUUGGCAGAUUUCCAUAUUGAGGGGGAAGAGUGUGCGUUAGACAGGGAUAUCGACGAUUCGGAAAGACCGACUUUCACUGAUAUCCGUGGUAGUUUGUGCGGAAUGUCAGCCAUCGAAGAUGACGAUGACGGAGAAGACGGAGACGAGGACGGCGAUGACGGCAUGGAGGAAGGACAUGCUGAUCUACAGUCGUAUUCAUCCACCGAAGAGGCCCACUACUCUGAAGUUCACUGCAAUUCCAAAUCAUCGAGCACGAUUUUGACUACACAUCAGCCGGAUGAGGAGGAAGGCAGCGAUGGAGCACCAUCCAAAGUAAACCGAUGUCAGUCAGUGACACCCACACCCGAAUCUGGCUUGAAAUCCGCUCAGCAUAACCCUUCCGCGCGUUCUGCUCACGUGCUCAAAGGAGGCAAACUGAACGGCAUCGGUAUUCCAAAGGCAUGCGCGAAAAAGUCAUUUGUAUGGAAAUACUUUCAUCAUCCUGAACUGACAUCUGGUGUGCUAGACCGUAGUCGUACCCAAUGCAUAUUGUGUGAUAGUCAGCUGGCAUUUAACGCUUCCGGCACAACGACAACGAUGCUCAAUCAUUUGAAGAGUCGACACGGUGACAUUGCGGAACAAGAGGAGUUGCAUCGUCGUCACUCCAGAUCCAAAGGCGUCACCGGCGCCAACCGACUAACGAAUAAUGAACAUGGUGCAGGCACUGUGCAAGAUGUAUCGGAAAGUAAUGGAAUUGAUUCGACUACCGCGCACCGACAUGUGCCACACGCCAUGAGCACCAUUGUGCGUAGUCCAAAUGGGCAUAAAGGAAGACCUCCAGGUUCCAGUCGACGAUCCAAACUACCGAAGGCAGCCAACUCGACGGACUAUUCGUCACAGUCUUCCGCUUUACGAGUGUGUCAGAUGAAACCGGAGGCAAAUCAAUUGUUCCCACUGGCAUGUUAUGCAGGGUUACCUGACCAACGAGCUUUACUCAAUGGGAUAUUGCUUCAGACGGAAACAUUGAAUGGUACAAAUGAAGACACGUAUCACGGAUCGAGUCAAAACGAUCUACGCAGCGACAUCGACUCAUUGUUCACCAACGCGGCCGGGAUAUCGGCAGCAUCUCUACAUGGGAGAUUACUACCGGAUCAACCGGACAGCAACCUGAUAGCAACCAUGGCCGCCAACAAUAUGCUCCCGUUCCCCUUCUUUAACCGGACGUUUCCAAUGCGCGCAAUGUGUGCGCUGUCAAACGGACCGCUGUCAACCGCGACGGCUUCGGGUCAACUUCAGUGCCCCGUCUCGCAUGAGUUAUCCCCCUCAUCGAGUUCCGGUCUUGGGGUGAGUGUGAGCAGUCCGUUUGAGACGCCAACUACAAGUGCCUCACCGCCCAACUCAGCCGACAACCGGAACGUCAUUUCGCCCCAUUGGCCUGGCGCACAACACGAAAAGCAGCAGCGACAGCAAAAGGGACAGUCACGCACGCAUGACACGCAGCAUUCGACGCUUCCCACCGGACAGCUUUUGGGUUAUAGUGACGUGUCGGCUCCCAUUAAUCAGAUCUCGCUAAAUGGACAUGGUUCUACGCUUAACAGCCCCACAGGGAAAGCUUCUACGGACGCGUUCAUGGGGCAUCCUAAUGAGGGAUCUUCUGGUGGGGGCCAUCCGCGGCAGGACGCAGUUGGUGGCUUGCAUCAGGGAGUACAGUCCCACGCAGGCGCUACGUUAUCGCAUGGUUUGCCUAAUUUAUCCCACACUACGUCAGCCAAUUUUUGGAAUCUGAUGAACUUCAUACCGCAGCUUAGUGGCUACGCUGCGAUGAGCCAGCAGCAGCAGCAACAUCAGCAGCAGCAGCAUCGACAGCAACUACAAGAGCAGCAUCAACAAUGGUUGGUCGCCAACGCUCUAUUUACCGGUCUGGCCAACGGUAAACCAUUCAGUGAUUCGGACAUGUUGGCCGGUUCCACAGCCCUUCUCAGUGCCUUCUCCAACGAGGCAGAGUCCUUGCCUAACGGGACCGUCAAAAUGAACGGUAGUAACCCGGCCAAUGGUGUCAAGGACUUGCCAUUGAAACCGCACUUACCCAUCCCCAUUGGAGCGUUUGCCGAAUCAUUGCCACAUUUGCAACAUCAACAGCAGUGGCUCAAAGCCGCAUCCGAUCGCUUUCUCGCCUGGUCCCACAUGCAUCGCCCCAACACAACAGUUGCAGUGUCCACGGGGGAGCCCUCAUUGAUCACUUCACCGCCUGUGGACGUUACCCAAGGUAUGGGGGCACCGCCAUACCACAAAAUACCCAUGCACCGGCCACCAACGGUGUCAUCUGCUUCUCAUCCCUCUUGCUCCACCCCGAAUCUGUUUGCUCCCGUCUCUUUGGGCUCACCCAAAUCUUCAGAGACCAAUUUGUCCACAGUUUGUGGCAUCAACUGCAACGAAGCCUCAAUGUCCUUCAUCCAAGCUAGAGAUUCGAAUGCCACAGACUCACUUGAUCUUUCCACACCAAGAAACGAGACGACCACAGUGAUGCAAACGAAUAACGAUCUUUGUCAGUCGACAAUGCACACCUUUAUGGAGAAUGGUGUCCCCUUGGUUGCGUCUGCCAAACGAAAACGCGCUCGACCCAUGUACAUAUCGCCACAAUUUGAUCAAAAGCGGCGUUUGGUUACAGACGGUGAGACUUCUCCAGAGCAGUGUGCAACUGACCUGCGAUCUUUGAAUUCAAUCGCGGAAGACAUCUCACAUCCCACCGAAUCGUCGAGAGGGGCCUCGAGCUACCACCCCAGACAGGCUACCGUUGAACGGGUCUUAUUCGUGGAGCACCUUGCGUAUUAUCUGAUACGAGAUUUACAGCCACCGGAAGUGAUUGAGGGUGAAGGAUUCAAGCGUUUGUUCGGCUUGCUCAGUCAACACGAACUGCCCACAGCGAGACAGAUGCGAGACGAUAUUGUGCCUCGGCUUCUGGACGCAAUGCGGACAAACUUGGAAUCCCAAUUUUCCUCAACUUUCCCUACAUCGGAAGCGGAAACGUCCGAUACCACCGGUCAGAAAGGCACUGUCGGAUCGGUGGCACUUUCCGUGGAAUUGUGGUCCACGGACACGUCUCUGGAUGGAAUGCAUUCCAGUAAAGGAGAACAGCAACAUUCUACAUACCAUCCGACCUAUCAUGCCAACCUGGCUGUUCACAGUUCGUCACCUCGAUCGCCACCGACAUUGCAUCAGCUUCAAGAUUGCAUCAGUUUCCGCGAUCCUGAGACUUUAAAAGCCGCAUUGCAGCGCUGUUACCGACGUCGUAGUGAGGCCCACCUUUCCGCCUGUGAUGCCAAACUGUGCAUGUUAGCGCAACCUUGCUCGUUGGUGACCAACAACCCCGACCGUUUGAACGCAAUGCUCAACUCAGCAUCCGUGGUGGGUGGGAAACAAGACGAUGAGCAGUUUUUGGUCCUACCCUGCCUUGUCUCCGGACUAGCCAAAGCAGUUAUGGCUGGAUUGAAGUUACCUCGUAUCCAGGACCUAUUGAACAACGCCAGGCGACUCAUCUUAUCCACUGUACCCCUUUCGAAUGGCUCCCCACGGUCGCCGGACGCAAAACAGCCCCGGCCAACUGACAGUGUCUGGGCGCAUACUCGUGAUUCAGCAACUGACGAAGGUCAUCCCGCUGGCGAGACAUGCGCUCCUAUGCCGUUCACGUCAUGGGCAAGUGUGUAUAGUCUACUGAAGAAGCUGAACCAGUUAGAGCCAGCUCCAUGUAUGGAUCCGAUGGAAUUACAAUUACUGAAGCAGCUCCAAGCCGUUCUGGAGGCGUUGAAUCAAACUCUUGAGCUGAUUCAUCGUAAGGACCUCAUUCUGACAGCCUCAAUGAUUGGGCCAAUAUUGCAAAACCUGCAACAUACUUAUCUGGUUUCAAGCGAUGACGUGGACGAUCAAUCAGAAUCGACCGCGGUUGACGAAUUCAUAGUAACUUUGUCACAGCAUCUGAAAGCGCUGUUUUCUGACAACGAAACUGUCCGAGAAGUAUUACAACUUUCCAGUCUGUUAGAUCCACGCUUCAAAGAACACGUGCAAGAGAAAUUACCGGCCACCGUGAAAUUAUUGAAAAGCAAGUUGGAGUCCAUUCCAGUGACUUCGGAUGAGGCAACACGCACCACCUCCAACUCUAGCGAUUCCUCAUCUGCAGGUCGUGUGAGAAGUUCGUCAGACAAAGCAGACUUACAAAAUGUGUUUGGACUUCAGAGCUUCCCCAGAUCUUCGCUGCCGGAAGUUGAUAGAUAUCUUCGCGAAGACCCAAUCGGUUUGGAAGAAGAUCCCCUUGCCUGGUGGGUCGAAAAAUCAGCCGGAUAUCCACGUGUGGCAGCAUUAGCCUUUCGCUACCUAACCAUCCCACUGACUUGCUUCGUAAACGGACGACUCCGAUCGCUAUGUCCCAUCGAAGGUGACCAGCCAGACGGAGUGAGUUACGACUCGAUUGAAGACGGCCUCGGCUUACCGAACAUUGUGGAUCCGUUGGGAAGAGACCGCUGUCGUUUACGACCAGAGGAUCAAAUCGCGUAUAACCUUUUGUGGCACAACUGGAAGUCACCUUUGUGAUGUCGGACAUGCGAGCACAUACACUCAUGGACACGCACAACGACGGAGUGAUGCUGUGAUAUGUACUAUAGCCAUCUGUAAAUAAUUAACAAUGCAUGCCAUGGGAACACCGAAUUGCAACAUUACACCGUCCGAUGCGUGAAGUAGCAUUUUGGCGUUGUUCAGCUGAAUUCCUCAUUUGUAUCGAUGCGCCGAUCGCCUCUCUAUCCCCUUGCUAGCGACAAAGUGCUCUCCAGCACACCGUGUGCCCACAUAUGCCCCCAAACCACCAGCACACACCAUCCAAACCGCAGGCGUUAGAAGCUCCUUGAAUUGACUUUUCUCCAACGAUGCUCACCGUUUGCAUAUCGAAUUGGUUGUGCACUCAAUGUCCGUGGUUUGAUGGAGAAGUCCAGUGCAUUGCAAUUUCUGUCGCCAUACAUUUGUUUUGCGUUUCUGUGAGAAAGCGAUAAAUACUUUGAAUUCGCCAUUUUUUCUCGCGUGACAAUUUCUCACCCCAUGAUAGAUGCAUAUUUGCCACUGUGGUCUUGUCCACUUUAACAUACAGCUAAACUUUUUGGCAGAUCUGUGGUCAGAAUUUACAAAACAUACUCAGAAUUAAAGUACUCCUUGGGUAUUCCAGGUGCUAUUCCAGUACAAACGGUUCGAUUCGAUUUGCUUAAUUUGUAUGAUUUGAACACCAAGCGUUUGUUGGAUUGUCC